AAUUUUAUUUAAUAUUUAAUUAAACCGGUUGAACUCCAGUUGAACUCCGGUUGAACCUCUGAACCAGUGAACCAGUCACUCUACCGGUUCAUUGACUGGUCCGGUUCUCAUAACCUUGGUUCUAAAGUACUUGUUAUAAUUGUAGUACUAUUUUAAUUUAUUAUGUAUUUUGAGGUUGAAAUUGUUAAUUUUGAAUGCGUAUAUUUGAUAUAUAUUAUAUAUGAUAUAUACAUAUUUUAAAAAAAAAGUGUAAUAGGUAAACUCUUACAAGUCUAUGAGUCGAGUCUAGGUCAGUUUUACGAGUUUAUUUAGACUCGCGAGUUUGACAAUCUUGAGUGUAAGAUAUUAAAGGCUUCAUUCCACCUUGGUGUGCUUGAUGAAUGCAACUUCUAUGUUAUUGGUAAUCCUAAAUUUUUCAACCAUUUUGCUUUCCAUUCUACUUGCUCAUUCUUCUCUUGUGAAAUUCAUCCUGUUUUUGCUCUAGGAAUGUAUGUAAUAGUUUAAUGCUUUGAGAUUUUAUCUUUCUUGUUAUUCUGUUUUUAUUUUCUUUACACCUUUCAGAUCAGACAGAAGAGGGGGAAAAAUGGUGAAAUCAUCACAAUAUGAAAGAUUCUCAAAGGAUUUUGUAAUGGGAGGGGUAGCAGCAAUCAUAUCGAAGAGUGCCGCGGCACCAAUCGAGAGAGUGAAACUUCUAUUGCAAAACCAAGCUGAAAUGAUUAAAAGAGGGCAACUCAAGAAACCAUACAGGUAUGCUUUCAAUUUUGCAUUCAAAGGUUACUUCAAAAGCAUUUUUGGGCAAUCCAAAGAGAGAGAUGGGUACAUUAAGUGGUUUGCUGGAAAUGUGGCUUCAGGAAGUGCCGCGGGAGCAACUACUUCACUGCUUCUUUAUCAUUUAGAUUAUGCACGAACACGAUUGGGCACUGAUGCAUUGGAGUGUCGUGCUACCGGUCAGCGCCAGUUUAAGGGGCUAGUUGAUGUGUACCGUAAAACCUUGUUAAGUGAUGGAGUUGUUGGCUUAUACAGGGGAUUUGGGGUGUCAAUAGUGGGAAUCACAAUGUACCGAGGGAUGUACUUCGGGAUCUAUGACACCGUGAAGCCUAUCAUUUUAGUUGGGCCUUUCGAGGGAAAUUUCUUUGCUAGUUUCUUCUUAGGUUGGAGCAUUACAACAUCAGCAGGGGUUUGUGCAUACCCGUUUGACACACUGCGUCGGAGAAUGAUGCUAACAUCUGGACAACCAAACAAGUAUUAUAACGCAAGGCAUGCAUUUCGUGAGAUUGUUCGUCAAGAGGGUUUUUUAGCUCUAUUCCGAGGUGUUACCGCAAAUAUGCUUCUUGGUGUCGCAGGAGCUGGGGUGCUUGCUGGAUAUGAUCAGCUCAACUGCUUCUCAUCUAGGCACUAGUAUGCAGGUUCUGAGGGAGAAAUACAAUUUGAACCUAGAAAACCUAUCUACCAUUUAGCUUGACUUCAAAGUGCAAUUCAUUUAUGGUGAAUGCUAUGGUGCCUAAAUCAUGAUGCCUAACUUACUAAAAAAGAGGUAUAUAAAGCAGAACAAUGACGUUGCUCUCUGUGCACCAGGGAUGGGUAUCAAUUUCUUUCACUUCUCUACUUUCUUCAUGCACAUUAUUACCUCAUUACUUCUUUUUCCAUUAGAUUCCAUCAAGAAAAUAAUCAUUGUUUUAAUAUAACCAAUAUGGUACUAUUACUUGAUUGAUUGUGUUAAAAGCAAUUAAGAAUUAAGAUACAGGAGUUUUAGAUAUAAUUGAGUUACUUUGACCUUAUUAAUCAGUAGUUUUGAAUUUUUAGAUAUAAUCCAAAUAAAGAAGCUAGUAUUAGUAAUUUUGAAUUUUGAUCUAAUAAUGGAAAUCCAUUUUGCAUUGUUUCUUCUUGAGUUCUCUCUGUGCUUCUUGAGUUCUCGUCACUUUUGGCUAAUGAAAGCUCAAGCAAAAGCUGCAGUAGGUGAUAACUAAAUGUAUGCAACUAUUGAUUGGUCGCCUCAUGAUAAGUUGUUAGUAUAUUGAUCAUUCAGAUAGCAUAUGAGAAUAUAAUAUCUUUUGGAGCUAAUUUAUAAGGGUUUUAAUCUUUUAGGUAUCAAAUAGGUGUUUUACUCUAACUUAAUUAUGCCGUGGAUUUAAUCUAUUCGGGAAUGACAAAAUUCUAUUCACAGGGAAUUUUUGAAAAGCUCAUGAGUAAUGUUGUUAAUGCCUAGGAACUGCACUUAAAAGGAGCUGUGUAUGUAGUAAUAUUUGAAGUGCUUUUAUAAUUUUUCAGCAUCUAAUUUUAAUUUAUAAUUGAGGUUUGGUGUUUAAGUGUUGUUUUGUAUAUAUCAAUUGCACCUUCAUGAUUCUGUUGAAAUUUAUAUCAAUUGCUGCUCUAAAAAAAAAUUAAGACUGUUUAAAUUAAAGCUUUACCAAAUUGAAUUUAAGAUUUAUGUGGUGAUUGAAUUUGUUUGUUCGCCAUGUACAGGGGUGACCAUACAGUAAAGAUAAUUGAUUGUGAAACUGGAAGUUGCGUAAAGGUGCUAGGUGGUCAUAGAAGGAUGCCUUGGGUGCUUGAUGCUUCGUCUCAAUAGGACCUUUGUCACUAGUCCUCUUAUUUGGGAUUUGAAGGCACUUCAAGAGAAUCCUCACUAGUUCUCAGCACAAAUUUUAAGAGGAAAUGUUACUGCAAUCAGCAAGCAUGGAAUUGGAUCAGUUAAUUUACAAAGACAUCUAGCCACAGUUAAGCAUGAUUCAAAUGAAACCAAAACACCUGAAACUCCAAAGGUUGUAAAGUUUUAACAGAUUAAGCUAUAAUUCUAUCAAAGCUAGAGAGAGGGAUCAAAAAGUAAACAUUUCUUUUCCUAAUAGGAUUUCAGCAACAAAAUCGCAUCAUACUCUAACCAUAAUCUUAGGAAAAAGAAGUUUGUGGAACCCAUGUUUUCUGAUUAGUGAAUUUUGGAUUAGACUUGCAUCAUUUCAUACAUAAUUACGUAAAGAUAUUGACUUUCAGUAAUGACAA